GCUCGCCAAUGCUCCCAUACUUGAGAUGAUCACCACCAAUGGUAUGUAGCCAAGAGCACAUCAGCCCGGAUCGCUUGGAUCGCCUGCGACUCACCUAGCAAGCUUUGCUAUUUUUCUCUAUGCUCGCAAACAUGUUCUCGUCGUGGACCGAGACUUCUGCACUUAAAACUAAGAUCCAACCGAGUUGGUGAAGGUUCAUAGUCAAAUCGUUGCCGCAACCAACACCAUUUCUCUAGCGCAGACUGAACGACACUUGGUCCCGGCGAAACAGCAGGGUCUAUAUGAUAUUUCCGAUCUCAGAAUACUCGUCUGCUUCACCAUAAAGAAAUCAACGGCAUAGCACCGGGAUCGUCGCAAACCAUCGUGCACUGUUCCCUUGAUAAUUUCUUGGAACACGUUCCAACACGAUGUCGAUACGAAUAGCCCUCGAUAACCCGCCCGAAUUCUAUACGAAUCUCGACUUCAUACAAGGCCGCAUAAUCCUUGGUCUAAACCGUUCGGAGAAUGUUGGCAAUAUUAUUGUCAAACUGGAAGGCGAAAGCCGGACUGCGCUGGCCCUGCCCAGGGGAGAUUUUGAAAACCAGCCCGUCUCAUCGGUGACUAGCGGGGAUGUUGUCACGGAGAACCACAAACUGCUGUACCUUGUUCAACAGGUCUAUCCCGGCGGUGAGUCGGGGUUUGCGUCGGCAGCCAUUGGCUCUAUGCCUGGCGUAUUACAUCCAGGGCAACACGAGUUUCGCUUUCGUUUCAAAGUCCCCUUGAAUAAUAUAUGCUCCAACCCCAAGGCAAUGGCGGCAUUAAGCGGGGUCGGAGGCCUUGGUGCAAUGAGCCCUGGGAACGGCGGGCUGUUCGGCGGGUACCGAAUAAUGGAUGGAAGCAAGCAGUUGAUGCUGCGGCAUGUCAAGACUACACUGCCGCCGUCACUUACGGGAUUCCCACGUCAAGCUGAAAUCCGCUAUUAUAUCAAGGUGACAAUACAACGGCCGGGUUUCUUCAAGGAGAACUGGAGAUACCAAACUGGGUUCAAGUUCUUACCAAUCGAGCCGCCCCGGCCACCCAAAACCAGCCAAGAGGCCUUUGCCAGACGCCCAUUUAUCUUUAAGCCACGCACGCCCUUGCCACAACGGAAGAAGAAAAAUAAUCCUUUCUUUAGCAGCAAGUCAUCUCAAGCCGAGGAGGACGUCGAGACAGUGCCCCCGUCCAUAGAGAUAUCAGCACGCCUCCCACAUCCCACUAUUUUGACUUGCAACGAGCCGAUACCACUUCGUCUUAUAGCCAAGAAGAUUGCCAACUCGCAAGAGCAGGUCUACUUGUCCUCGCUUGAGAUUGCCCUCGUUGGCUUUACCAAUAUUCGCGUGCAUGAUCUCCAGAACACCGAAGUCAGUCGCUGGCUUGUCUGCACCACAGCCAACCUCUCCAUAGCCUUAGGCUCUCCCCAAGAUGCAGUUGACUCUGAGUUCGUUGUGCCCGAUGCUUUGUGGGCCAAUAUCCGAAUGCCCAACACUGUUGCCCCUUCUUUUACAGGAUGCAACAUCUCCCGCCGUUACGAGCUCGAAAUGAAGGUUGGGCUAAGCUGGGGGCUCCCUUCCACUAGUGGGAAAGCAACAGCGCCGUAUCCACAGCUUAUUUAUCUACCCCUAAAGCUGUCGAAAGUCGAGAUAUAUUCCGGUAUCACCCCACCGAGAGAGUUAUUACGCUCGUCGACAUAUAGACCACAACAGUCGCCUCCGACUUUGCCUCCCAGGACUUCCGUGGCGCCAUCCCGGCCUCAAGCACAGCCACAGGUACAGCCGAGCGACCCCCUAUAUCCACCUCAGCUGGGUCCGAAUAGCACACCAUAUGAAGAUGCACCUCCUAGUUACGAUGAGGCCAUAGCGCAGGAUCUCACAGGACCCUCUGAGAGACCUGCAUACAGUGGUGUUACUGCAGAGAAUGAUCCUAGUACCAUGCCGCCCGAGAAAUCGGGCUUGCAUUAGCCCCGAUGGGAUGGAAAGAGACACGAGAUUCAACGGUAUUCAGGGGUAAUCACCGACAUGACUAAGGAUGACUACAGCACAUCAUACUUGGUAUUGCUAGUAGCAGUUGCAUUAGUCACGUGCCGAUGGACUACCUAGUCGUACUGCUGGUGGAUAUAUAGAGAAUUUCAAGCAUUUCAUACAAGCC